AAUGCGUUCGUCAUUCCAUACCACCUCAAUGUCUUCAAUCGCUGCAGGACCAGAAGCUCAGGAUUCUCUCUUUACAUCUGAUUAUUCGGCAAUACCAGUUCCUGAUAAUCUCAUUCGAGCAACCAACCGACUACAAUUUCCUCCCUCAUACGUUGUCGUAGGAGUCUAUCGACUGUGUACGGACAGAAAUCUGUACGCGCCUACGUGGCAGAAGUGCAAACAUGGAACAGUCAGAGGUGCUGUUGUUGGUACUGUAUGGACCUUUUUCACGUUUGGAAUUCAGAAAAAGUUCAUCGAGGUGUUUUUAGCCAACUCUCCUCGUGUGGCUGGUCUCUCCGGUGACACGAUGUUUGGAUACAAGGUUCCGUUCAAUAUUCAUACCUACGCGGCUAUCUUGGCACUAUCGACUCAAAUCACUUUCUUCCUCCGGUUCUUCCUCUCUCGAAACAUCCGUAUCGCACGAGACCGUGUUUGGGACCAAACCCUCCUUUCACGCGGUAAAGGACCGGAGUUUUGGAAACCGUAUGUAGAAGAAUGGGAUAACCCACCUCCAGUUGAAGUCAGUGAACCGUGGGUGGAGAAGAUGUUUGGAGGAUGGUUUGGGCUUUUCGUGGUGAAGAAGGUUUUGCUGGCCCCGUUGGCGUUGUACCCGUUCGUUGGUAUUGUGAUUUCAGCUUGGUUUAGGGGUUUGGGAACCGCGCACGCUUUACAUCGACGCUACUUUGAAGCAAAGAAAAUGACUCGUGAACAGAUUGCCGUGUUUAUGGAAGAAAGGAAAUGGGAUUAUAGAUUGUUCGGGUUUACAGCGGCGUUGUUGGAAGGUAUUCCCAUAGUUGGGCUGGUUUUUACGGUUUCGAACAGGAUUGGAGCAGCGAUGUGGGCGCAUGAUUUGGAGAAACGGCAACACUACGUCGCGUCGCAAAAAGCUGUAAAGCUUUAACGUGGUUAUUACGGACUUGAGGCAUUUUUCCCAAUUGCACUGCUCUUUUUCACAGGUUUGCUGGAUAGCCUGCCUAACUUUGAUUCAUUCAUUCGGUGUCCAU